GUGAAUACGUGCAUCCCUGUAGGCUAAUUAGUGUUGUUCUCCCGAACCAAAUAAACCCCGGCUGGUUACAACUCUGAAGUAUUGACGGGCAUCUGCCGAGAGGUAAAGCAAUGCAUCCUUUGUCCUAACACAGCGAGGAUUUCGGUCACCACGCCUGUGACGGUGUGAGUUUGAUCCAACACCAAUACCAUGGUUUGAUCGUGGCUGACGCUACAUGGCGCUCGUGGGCCGUAUCGCGGCAGCCAGUCCCUUAGCAGAGAGCCGCUCGAGCCCUCUCAGGUCAGAGGAGAAGCAUCGCGUCGCAGAUUGGAGCACAAGUGACGGCAUCUAACACAGCGCUGAAGUAGCCUCCGCCUCAUAUACCAUGCAACGGUGCUCUUUAGGAAGUAGGAUGCUCUUGCCUGCAAAUAGAACGUGACUGAACUACGGUGCACCACCAGUGCAAUCCGGAUUUAGUCAAAUCCUCAACGAACAGCAGUCUCAACAAGAGCAUUGUUGUAAUCGGCUUCUCCACACAGGGAACACCCAUAGCUCCAUUCAGAUUCCUGCUUUAUUCCUCACCUUGUCAGGAGAGGACAUCUUACAAGUCGGAACUGUGCACGGGGCUCAGCGCGCGUUCAGGAGUUAAGAGUUUAUGAGGGUUUAUUGCUGGCUUCUCAGAAUUGCCAGCAACUAUUAAUUGAACAGUUCAUUUUAAAUAUUAUGCUAAAGACGCUGACCAUGUGUUAUACGAGAACUGAAUAGUCGUUCCCCGGUGUAACUUCCAGUCGAAUUCAAGGAUUCAUUUCAUCAUGAGUACCAACGCAGGUCCUUACCAUCCCAGCUCCUACAGCAGCAGCAGCAGCGCCGGCGGCGGCAGCGGCAGAGGCCCUGGCUCCUCGGCCAUCCGCUGUCACCGCUGCAGGGAGGUCUGCAAGGGCGAGGUGGUGCGUGUCCAAAACGUCCAUUUCCACGUCAAGUGCUUCACGUGUCAAGUGUGCGGCUGUGACCUGGCGCGGUCCGGAUUCUUCCAGAAGAGUGGCGAGUACAUCUGCACGGAGGACUACCAGCGGCUGUACGGCACGCAGUGUGACAGCUGUGGACAGUUCAUCACAGGAGAGGUGGUCUCAGCCCUGGGCCGCACCUACCACCCCAAGUGCUUCGUCUGCAGCCAGUGCAGGAAGCCGUUCCCCAUUGGAGACAGAGUGACUUUCUGUGGGAAGAAGUGUGUCUGUCAGCAGUGCUCCCACACCCUCGUCAGCACCAAUGAACCUGUCAAGAUCCAUGGACCCAGCCAUUGUGCGGGGUGCAACGAGGAGAUCAAGCAGGGCCAGUCUCUGUUGGCCCUGGAGAAACAGUGGCACGUCAGCUGCUUCAAGUGUCAGACCUGCGGCACUGUGUUGACUGGGGAAUACAUCAGCAAGGAUGGGAUCCCAUACUGUGAGUCAGACUACCACGCCCAGUUUGGAAUCAAGUGUGAGACCUGCCACAGGUACAUCAGUGGACGAGUUCUAGAGGCAGGUGGAAAGCACUACCACCCCGCCUGUGCCCGCUGUGCCAGAUGCCAUAUGAUGUUUGCUGAGGGGGAGGAGAUGUAUCUGACAGGUUCAGAGGUUUGGCAUCCCACGUGUAAACAGUCAGCACGGAUGGAGAAAAAACUCAGACUAAGACGUACCUCUGAGGCAUCUAUUUCCCCUCCUGGAUCCAGCAUAGGCUCUCCGAGCCGGGUGAUCUGUGCCAAAGUGGAAAGCGAGAUCCUAAAUUAUAAAGAUCUGGCAGCUCUUCCUAAGAUUAAAGCUAUUUAUGAAGUGCAACAGCCCGAUCUCAUUCCUUAUGAGUCCUAUCACAGAUACUGCUCUGAUGACAGGCUAGAGCGCUACAGCUAUGGGGAGUCUCUGGGGACUCUCUCUCCUUAUUCUCAGGACAUCUACGACAGCAUGGACAUCCGGCACCGGCGUUCCUCCAGCCCCGGUUACAUCGACUCGCCCACCUACAGCCGACAGGGCAUGUCUCCCACAGUGCCCCGCUCCCCUCAGCUCUACUACCGCUCCGGCACUGAGAGUGGCAGGAGCUCUCCCUAUUACAGUCAGCUUGAUGCCAGAUCGAACACGCCCACCACGAACCAAGCACCCAAGCAUUUUCACGUGCCAGUUGAAGUCAGCAGAACAUGUAUGUUGAUGUCCCCUGGUGCAGCUACAGGGGAGACCAACAUCUACAGGAAACCUCCCAUCUAUAAGAGACAUGCCACGACUAGUAGAACCAGCGAUGACAUCCUCCAUUCAGCUCACCUCUCCUCAUCCUACUCUCCAGACCACUGCCAGCACUCAGAGUCUGAUGACUACCACUACACUGGCUCCCCUAGAGCCCCUCGAGCGCGGAGGUUCUCCUCAGGCGGGGAGGAGGAUGGAUGGAACCAGAGUCUGAACAGAAUCCAAGGCGGGAUUGGUCGGAUGAUUCUGAAAGAGGAGAUGAAAGCCAGGUCGGGCUCAUAUGAUAACGAUCCCUGGGGAAGCGCGCGCAACUCCCGCAGUGGAAGCAAGGAGGCGCUGCACAACGUCGGCUACAGCAACACCGUCAACGGCUCUCCAAGGUCUCACUACAGUGCAGAUAGUGACUCCUACAUCUCCAAGUCGGCCUCUUUGCCAGGGUACGGCAGGAAUGGCCUGAACAGGCCUCAGAGUGCUGACUAUUACCAGUACGACAGCAGCAAUGCUGUGAAUUGGGGAUGCAGAGACUACAAGAUAUAUCCGUAUGAAACUCUCAUAGUGACCAUGAGGGGGCGCAACCAGCUGCCCAGUGAUGUAGACAGGACAAUGUUAGAGCGCCAUCUGUCUCCCGAGGAGUUCUACCAAGUGUUCGGGAUGUCAGUGGCGGACUUUGAUCGACUGGCACUGUGGAAAAAAAAUGAGCUGAAGAAACACGUGCGUCUGUUCUGAGAGCUUACGCUCGCACUCCUCAGUCUCGCUCUGGACACGGUUGAGGGAAGGACCGUCAAAAUGGGCCUUGCCACACCAAACCCCUCUCGGUACCAGUACUCAGUACCAGCAUCAGAGUUUGACUGCUUGACACAGACACGGCCCAUGGCACUAUAGACCCCCAGAGGAGGUUCUGAGACACUUAGGGAAGCGCAGGGAGUUGGGGGAGAGGGGGGUGGUUGAGCUGCUGCUUGCUCCUUUUGAGCCACAUGCACUAAGAUGGAUAGACUUAGAGACUAUAGAAUUCACUGAAGAGGCCACAGAUGCUUUCAGUAUUUCUGGAUGUUUUGUGUGUGUGUGUGUGUCUGUGUGGUUGUGUGCACGUGUGUGUGUGUGUGUGUGUGUGGUUGUGUGCGCGUGUGUGCAUGCGUGUGUGUGUGUGUGUGUAUCACCCCACACUACACAGCAAGCUCAGUUGCAAGUUAAGAGUGAUUGAAAGUUGCCUUAAAAUUAUCACUGAGUGUUAGCUAAGAACACCAGCAGCUGUGGAAUCAGAAUGUUUAUAUCAGCUGAACAACUUCAGUGUGAUUGAGACUGCUUGGAGAUGAGGGAUGGAGCAAUGAGACAGUCCAUCAGCACUGUGUGACACGACAGGUUAACACAGGAGAGAGUGUUCUAUGAUGCUAUAUUUCACUUACAAGAGUUUAGUUUGAACUUAAUGAAUGGAUUGAUUGAUACAUUUACUGUGUUUGAAAAAGGAGUGAUUUUUUUUUUUGUUCAAUUGCAAACCAAAGUACUGGUAAAUCAAACAUAUUAAAAUGUUAUUUUCUGUUUACUUAUUCUUUGUUUGUCCAAGCCCUAAACUUAAUGUAUACAAUUUGAGUUAGUCAACUCACUGACACAUAUGGAUCCAAAGAAUGUGUUUUUGACAUAACUGCAUAAACAAAUAAAAUGGAACAAAAGGAAUGAUACAUUUUACAUUUCAGAAAGGUUGAAAUAAUGGUAACUACUUAUCCUUUUUGGAAGAGAAAUUAAGCAGUGGACAGGUAUGGAUAAUAAUUUUAAUAUCCUCCUAAUUGCAAAAGAGAACAACUCAUAUGGAGUACACAAGUUGUCUUAAUUAUUUACAAGAGUAAAAUUGCAAGUUUCAUUUAAAAAAAACUGCCAUAGGUAUAAAUGUGUGCUCUGCUUGGCACUAUUAUUUGUAGCAUUUCGAGAAACUGGCUAAAUUGAUCUGUAAUUUGAAAUUAUGUUUCUCUUCUCUUUUUGUAUCUUUCAGUGAAAAACAACUGAUUGGCUUAGCUUGUAAUGGCUUUGAGCAGACCGAAUUCUGAAACUGAGAUGAAACUAGAAAAGUACAGGAUGGGAGUUGUGAGGUUUGAGUGAAAUCUGUGGGAUUAUUUCAUUGAGACUGAAUGGAGUGAAUUCUGUGGGAUUAUUGCAUUGAGACUGAAUGGAGUGAAAUGUUUUGGAGGUUUGUGGAAAACACAUAAAAACCUAAAUUGUUCAAAAAGAGUAACUAGUAUGUGAGAUGAACAGUAUGUAAAACCAAGUCAUUUUAGUUGUGCUGAACACUGGUGCAUUUUUCAGCACAGUGAAUGAACAACUGACUAAAUGCCUGAAAUGACACUGUAGUGUUCGGUGCUACAGACGUAGAUUAUACCCUGAGAAAGUCUAUCUAGUCUAUCUUUGGUUAAUGAAAUGUAGAAUAUAGGGACAGGCUUAGUGCAGAUCUCUUUCCUUUACAGGGGUUGUGUCAGUGUGGUUGCAAUGGGACGUUGUGGAAUAAGUAUCAUUUUGCCAAGCAUACACUUCGAGCAAUGUCAUUUAGGGUGCAGAGCAAAUUCAAUGUCAAUUUUGAAUUUUGUCUGUGCAAUAAUAAUGGAUUUUUUCUUUGUUUGUUUUCAAGUAAUCACAUUGCACAUUAGCCAAGUUUUCGGAUAUGGUAAAGUCUUUAUUGUCUUUAUAUAACAAACAGAAAAGGCUUAAAGCUGUUCAGGAUUUCUAUCAUCUACAGUAUGAUUACUAACUGCCAUGUUUGUUUGUUUUUUUAUGGUAAAUCAUUGUAUUUCAUUCACAAGGCGCCCCCACAGCACUAAAACUUGCAGUGAAAUUGCUCACACCUUUUGUAGGUGAUAGCAUUGUUGAGGAGAGAUGCCAUGAACACAAAACAACUGUUAGAACAUUUUUAAACUGGUUUCAUUUUGUAACUGUACAACAAUCAGCUAAUAGUUAAUUUAAAAUCGGUAAGACAUCAGAACAAAUUGUGUACAUGUAUAUAUUUUAUUUAAAUAAAAUGUGUUUUCAUGUCUAAAAAUAA